AUGAUAUCACACUUGCCAGCAAAAGAAGGUGAGGAAAAGCCAAGGACACAAUACCAUUGGACUUUUAAUAAGGAUGUUAUACUGUUGACCCACACCAUCCAAAAACCCAGCUACAUCUCUGAUUUGACUCCCACUCCGUGUAAUGUAAAUACUGCUGUUUUUAGUUCUUUCACAUUUAAAUCUGUUUGUGCGUGUACAAAGUUCGCCGACGACGUCACCAACGUCUACUCAAACAACGCGGUUGUAGAAGUGGUGACGGUGAAGACAUUUGAAGCCCCUCUGACCAGGAAGUCCCGCUCCAUCCUUCAGAUCAGUAACCAGGGCAGUCUCUACAACCUGGCCUACAAGUACGACUACGAUUACGCCGUGGUCUUUAACAUUGUCCUAUGGCUGAUGAUCGUGUUAGCUUUAGCCGUCAUCGUGAUCUCGUACAACCUCUGGAACAUGGAUCCUGGGUAUGACAGCAUCAUCUACAGGAUGACCAAUCAGAAGAUCCGACUGGACUGAUGACAUCACUCCCACACCCCACUACAUUUUGUGUUUUGUAUUUGAGUGCAUUUGAAGGUGUUUUAAUUUUGAUGUGGGUACCACAGAAUUGCUUUUGUAAAUACUUCGCCUUUAUGACGCAAUCAAACACAGAUAUACAGAUUAUUUAUUGAUGCCUGUUGAUAGAUGGACCAAGAAAAUUUGUUUGUGAUCUUUCUUAAUUGAUGUAUCUUGUAGAUUUGCAUAAUGUGAAUCUAUUAAAGAGGAAAAUCUAAUGUUGGGAUGUAAAGAAUUGAAAUGAAACUCUAUUUAUUGUUUGUUGUUUACGCCACUGUGCUGUUUUCCUUCCCGAAUGCUAGAUAUAGUGUAAUUGUUCCAUUCCCAUGUACAUUUGAUCAAUUAAAUAAAUGCCAUUUUCAUUGAAUAUAACUAUAUAGUAGAAAAUAAGACUU